AUGAAAAGACUCAACGAGGAGUCUCGCUCUAUUGCCGUACUGAAGACCAUCCGUUCGAAGUUCCCAAGGCAUACGUGCGAGAAAGUUGGCGAACUAAAGAAGAAGGGAGAUCCGAUGUGGACGGUUGAUGAAUUAUUGGCAGCCCUCGACGACGUGAUAGAUCAGCAGGAGAAGAUAGAAGACACCGUCCCAGAGUAUCCUAGUAAGCAGCCGAGUGGGUCCUCAUACGAUCAGUCAUCUUGUCCAACUUGUUCGCGCAGCUUACGUUCACCACCUCGAUACCAUUCCGUGAGAAGUCGAUCGCCAACACCAUACUAUUCGCGACGCUCGUCGCGCAGUCCAACACGUCCACCACAACAUCGAGAAUAUCAUUGCGUAUUCUGCGAACGCGAAGGCCACCGACCGGAGAACUGUUUUGAAGUAAGGAGCGUCAAACAACGCAGAGCCAUCGUCAACGAAUGCGGACUUUGUUGGUUGUGCUUGAAUCAAGGUCAUCAAUGCAGAUUUUGUUCAGCACCUACGUGCGGAUAUUGUGGUGGAGCUCAUCAUCCUGCCCUGUGCUUUGAUAGACCGCGAGCGUCUUAUUACAGGCCAUCGACAUCUACCUAUCGACCUAAAUCGCCUAGACGCGUACAGUUUGAGGAAGAAGCGUGUACCUGCCGUCGUGCACAGCACUGUUCGCGCACACCUUCGCCGAAUUUGAGCAAGCCAAGGUCGCCUUUGUCAUCCAGGCGCCAGAAGCGUUCACCUAGUACAAGACGUACAGGUUCCAUUCUACGAGCGUCUAGCGCGCCUCCCGUCUCUCACAGUUCCAUCUGCAUGAACCAGCAGCCUACCUACUCGGAAGCGUCCGCAGAGUUGCAGGACGGACACCAAGCACAUGAAGGCCCACCAUCGCCAUCUUUAUGUGUGGUCAUGUGUGAAAAGAUGUCCGCAACUCGAAUGCCUCGUCUCAUGGUAGUGCAUGCUUUGACCUACAACUACAGGACUGCGAAGGAUGAAUUACUAACAAUUCUUUUGGAUUGCGGCUCGCAGUACAGUUUUAUACGUGCAUCCUUGGCUCACCAUCUGGGUCUGACGUUCAGUGAUACACGGACUAUCACCACGGUAAUAUUUGGAGGACAUCAACGCAAGGAAGAAUCGUCGAAAAUCACGCUGAAGUUAUGGAAUAAGUUCAUCAGCUCGAUCGAGCUCCAAUUUUGGACGUGCGACGUGAUAAUCACGGUUCCACGCAUGAACAACAGCGACGAUGUCAAUGACGAUGACCCGGAUGAGAGAGUCGAAGUCGACGUGCUUGUUGGAAUGGACAACUACUGGCGAGUCGUCGAUCUACAUACGAAUGAGAGACUUCCAUCAGGUCUCGUACUAUCUUACACCCGGUUCGGACCAGUACUCUCUGGCUCUGUCGAUCAUCCAUCGAACAGCACCAUUUCGACACCGACGCGUGAGCGCAAGUGA